AUGCACGACGGCCCGACCGAGGCCCCGCCCGCCGGCGUCGAGUACGUGACGCUGGAGGACGCCUGGGCGCACACGGUGUCCCGCCUGGUGCCCAAGCUGCCCGACACCGUGGAAUACGUCACCCUGUCAGACGCCUGCAGCCUGGGCAUGGAGCUGGCGACGGGCGCCCACUCCCAGUCGCCGUUGGCCCUGAGGGCGGCGCGCCGCCUGUCCCGCCGCGUGGCCAACAAGGGGUCGGAGGCAGCCGACGCCGCCCUGGAUGCCCUGCGCGCCCGCCUGCCCUGGCCGCAGGCGGUGCUGACCCGGAGGUCGGCGCUGCGCUGGAGCCUGGAGUGGCACGGCGUGCGGCGGCUCGGGCAGGCCGGGCGGCAGCCCCUGGAGCGAGAUCUCUCUGGCCACGCGUGA